AUGAAAACAGAACGCGGGAGAAAGAAACAGAAGUCCAAUGUUCAGCCAAUUCUACCACAAGAAACAACACGUUCAGAUUUGCCACUUGUAGAGUAUUACGCCAUACAUAUACAUGAUAGAUGCAAAAUAGAAUUGUUAUUGCAAAUCUUGCCAUCUAUGUCGGCAAAAAUGAGUCAUUUAAAGCGCGUUGAAAAUGGACGGAUUCUUAUUCAACCUACGGAAGUAAUGUUAUCUCAGGAAUUGGUGGAGAAACUGCAGACUGUAAUCUCAAAUGUUUGUAUCAUAAAAGUAAAUGUUCCAUUGCGUAAACCAAUCACCAGACAACAAUUUUUAUGGACUAAGCAGUACUGGCCUACAGCUUUUCAUUGUAACAAACAGAAUGAAGCACUGUUAGAUGGGACAUUUUUUUCAAUUCAGGAGCAGCUAAAAAUUGAUCAUUUUUAUUGGGAAUCAAAAAAGGUUGGUAAUGGUCGUUCAGGUUGUAUUUUUGUUGAUCCAAAUGGUAACGUAGUUGCAAAAAGUGGUGCUCGAAAUACUCCACUCGGACAUGCAGUAAUGACUGCAAUUUCGGAUCUUUGUAACUAUCAUCGUAUUGAGAACAGCAACGUUUCGCAGUAUCUUGGUACAGGAUACGACGUUUACUUGACGGAUGAGCCAUGUGCAAUGUGUGCCAUGGCUUUGGUGCACUUUCGUGUUCGCCGCGUGUUUUAUGGGAAACGUACGUUAUCUGGUGGUGUUUAUGAAUCCUCUUGGAGAAUUCAGGAAGAAAAAUCAUUAAACCAUCACUAUACAGUUUUCCGUAUCGAUAAACUUUCCUGA